AUAAGGAUAAAAGGCAAAAAUCUUGGAUUUUUGUCUCAAGGAAGAAAUUUCAAAAUGAUAUGGUCAGAAGCAAAGAAAAGAAAGAAAGUUUCUAAAAUGUAUGGCCCCUCCUCAACUCAUGACCCAACAAGUCAAUCCUCAUGACUUGACUCAGCCGUUUUCACCACCACUUAAUAAUAAUACUUCCAUCCUUUAUAUUAUUUUCUCAAAAUAUGAAGUAUUACAACAAGUAUAUAUUUCAUACAACAAAAGGAAAAUAAAUACUAAAACGUUCGUUGCUAGCUAUUAUAUAAUAUUAUAGUAUUAUGGAGGUUAAGAGCAUGAAGAGUUGCAGUAUUCAGGAUGAUAUGCAGCAGGAAACAAUGAGUAGUAGCAGCAAACAUGUAGUCGCCGUCGAAGGAGGUGUCAUCGACGAUCAUGAAGGACCGCUUCCGGGUUUCCGGUUUCAUCCGACCGACGAAGAGCUGGUGUCGUUUUACUUAAAGAGAAAGGUUGAGAAGCGACGUCCCCUUAGUAUUGAGAUCAUUAAGCAGGUUGAUAUCUACAAGCAUGACCCUUGGGAUCUUGCAAAAGCAAGUAGCAGCAUAGGAGAUAAAGAGUGGUAUUUUUACUGCAAAAGGGGAAGAAAGUACAGAAACAGCAUUAGACCUAAUAGAGUAACUGGGUCUGGAUUUUGGAAAGCUACCGGGAUCGACAGGCCGAUCUACUCCAACGGAGGGGAAGGCCCCCAGUGCAUUGGCCUCAAGAAGUCACUAGUUUACUAUCGCGGAAGUGCUGGAAAAGGCACUAAAACCGAUUGGAUGAUGCAUGAGUUUCGUCUUCCCAAUGAUCUACAACAACAAGAUGAGGCUAACUUAGCCAACCCUAAAGACACUGCUCUAGAAGCUGAGAUAUGGACACUUUGUAGAAUAUUCAAGCGAAACAAAAGGCACACACCUGAUUGGAGGGAAUUAUCUAACAAAAAGAAUGCUGUAAAUUCAAGCUCAAAAACAAGCAGCAUUGAUUCCAACACUAAUCAAGAAUGUUACAUUAGCUUUGCAACUCAUCAAUCCUCAACACCUAACAAUGGCUAUACUAAUCUUUUCGUCCCCAACGAAGAUACUAAUAAUAGUAAUAAUACUAACAACGUUUGCAUAGGAACUCAAAAUAUUACUACAGGUGAUGAUGAAAAAAAUGCACAUUUUCAAGCAGAUCAUCAGCAACAACUGAAUCAUAUGGCUCAAAAUUCUUCAUGUACAACGCGGCCGAGCAUGUUGGAUCAUGUUCUAACAAAUGACGGGAAUGAUUUGCAGUAUUUUGCUUAUUAUGAGCAUAAUUGGGAUGAUCUUAAUUCAGUAGUAGAGUUAGCUGUGAAAAACCCUUUUCUGUAAGUGUUAAAUAACAUAUUAAUUAUUAACAUAUUGUUUAUAUAAUAGGAUAGGAAAGUUAUAAUAUGUCAAAUUAAACUUUUGGAUUUUAAUUUGCUCUAAGGAGAAUUUUUGUUCUUAUAAACUUCUACUGUAAUUUUUUUUUUUCUUUAGAGAUUUAGUAAUAUUGCUAUAUAUGUUGAUGUAGGACUCAUAUAACUAAUUGUUUACAGCUAGUAUACACCCAAGAGUAUCAUAUAUGCAGAAACACACACCCUUACCUUUUCUUUCUUUAUCAUUGAAAUCUCAUUUCACAUUUUUACUCAUUUUUUUAAAAAAAAUUUGGUGAAUUUGAUCACAACGUAGGCAUCGACGCAUCGUUUAGGUAAUUCCACUUCUUGUUUUCUUUUAUGAUGUGCAUUAAUCUUAUUCUUAUUUACAGAUUGGAGAGGGUAAUGUACAUAAAAACAAGCUACUCACACAAUUGGUAUACUAAUUCCCUCCUAAAACUUCUCUGCUUUCACAUUAAUGUACAUUUUAAUAAAAUCAUUUUUUUUUUUUUUGGUGUUGAUUUAUUCAUUUUAUAAAAGUGCAUUCUCUAAUCUUGCUUGGAAAUCUAUACGAUCAUUUGCUUUGUGGAAUCGCAUUCUUAAGGUACACAAAACUUACAAUGGUAUGAACUAUGAAGUGAAUGUACUUUGAAAUAAAUUGACUUUUUUUAUAUGUUUCUUUUAUUAAGUGAACCAGCUCGUCUAAGUUCUUCAAAUAAGUUAAACGAUGCCAAAGAAAGGAAAAAUAAAAUUUAAAAUUAAACAGUUUUGUCAAAGAAAUUGAUUUUAUGAAAAACCAGUUUUUAUAUUAAAAAAUUCACUGAAAAUUAAAAAAACAAAAAAUUGACAUAAGUUCACUAGUUUAUUAUUACCACAUUACAGUGAUAAUCACAGCUUAUUUAGCCAUUAGAACACUUCAGAUCUCGACCAAUUUAACAAGUCACAAACAU